UAAUUAUAUAAAAAUACUAGAUUAAUAAAAUAUAAAAUCCAACAAUCCAAUAAUUGAAUUUACAAAAUAAUAAUAUUAUGAUAUAUCUUAAAUGAAUGUAUGUCUUAUAACGACAAUGAGCUGGCAAAAUCCUUUGCAUCCAUUGUUACAAAGUCAAAGCACGAUUGGAGUAAAUCUUUUUUUUUUCAUGUAUUGUACAUAUAUAUACACAUAUAUCUAUAAUAAUUUUGUGAUUUGCUUAUCAUCGAUCAGUAGACGCAAAUAACAACGAAUAAAUAACGAUAACGUUUUGAAAAAAAUUUUUUGCACUUAAAAAAAGUUAAAAAAAAAAAUAAAUAAUAAAACAGUAGUAAUAUUUCGAGUGCAUAACGACGACUCUCUAUGAUCGCCACUACAGCUAUUGAGGUCAAAGAAAUUUUGUUUAUCAUAAAUAAAUUGUUAUUAUUGUUGUCUAAUAAUUUAAAGGAUACUAUUAUCGAUAGCGAUAAUAAUAAGUUGUGGAAAAUAACAGAUAGUUAUCAUUAUAAAAAUAAUAAUAAUAAUAAAAAUAGUAAUCAAGAAGACUCUGUUAGAGUAACAAGUGGUGAUAAAAAUGCGCAACGAAAUAACAGCAGCUGUACUAUUUUUAGUGCAGUUGAUCGAAAAAAACGAAAAAUUUAGUCCUGAUCAAUUGGACUGUUUUCGACGCCGGCUGAUUGAGUUGCUGACUGAACGGUUUAAGAAUCACUGGUUCCCGGACAAACCAUUUAAAGGACAAGGAUAUAGAUGUAUACGAGUUAAUGGCAACAGUCGUCGAGAUGAAACAUUGGAAAGUGCUGCUAGUGCUGCUGGUUUUAAGUACGAGGAUUUGUCAUUACCUGUUGAAUUAACGCUGUGGGUUGAUCCCCGGGAGGUUUGCUGUCGUUUUGGGGAAAAUAAAGGCUCUUAUUGUACCCUCGCUUCCUUUGAUACUGACACUGCUAAUCAUUUUCAUGAGACGGAUGUUUCUGAGAAGGAAAAUAAAAUAAUUCAAGGAUCUAAUCAGAAAAAUACAAAGAGUAUUGGUACGGAUCAAAUAAAACCGAAGCCACUGAGUUCAUCUAAUGAAAAUCAUCAGCAGUCAAUAAAUAAUACCAACAACAGCAACAAUAGUAAUAGUAGUACAACAGCAUCAGCUACCAAUGCGAAUAAUAACAACAAUAAUGGACCAGGUAGGCGUCGUCAUUUGAUAAAUAGUCCACGACCACAUCUAUCACGCAACCGCUCGUGGUUCAAUCACUCAUUCAGCAUGGGUUACGGUCCUCAUCCAAUGAGCCAACCCUGGUACAACGUCAUGCCACCUCACACUUUCCUCGGCGGUCCAUCUCCACCUCCAUUCGUCGGUCACAGAGGUAAUAAAUGGAUUACACAUCCUUCUUCUUACUCUACUGGACCUACUCGUUUCCAUCACUGGUCUCCAAAGGCUGCUCUCAAAGUUUAAAUACGUGAUAUUUAUACAUAAAUAUAUUUUAUUAACAUAACUGCGGGUCAUUAUGAUAAACGAAUUUAAAUAAUUACAAGAGAUACCAACACAUAAUUAAUUAAUAAAUUUUUUUUUCUUUUUUUUAAUGACCCGAGAUUAUUUUGGUGAAUUUAAUUGAUAUUAACUCGUGGAUUGUAGAACUUGAGAGAGGGUUUUGGAGUCAAUUGUAUAAACGACCGGGCUCAAAUUACGAUUACGGUUUACGAUUUUUGUACUGUUAAAUAGUUGGUUUAUUGACGUCAUUGUAUUUAUCAAUUAAUUAAUUAAAAUAGUCGUUUAAUUAAUUAAUUGAUUAAAUGAAUUUUAAGACAAAAAGUAUAAUUAUUUAAACAAAUAAUAUAAAAUUAUUUUUUUUUAACUCCGAAUGCAAAGUUGCUUGCUAACGGAAUUAUUAAUUGUAGUUAAUUAUUAUUAUUAUUAUUGUUAUUGUUAUAAUAUUUAAAAAUUUAUUUAAGUAAUUUAAAUUGCAGCAUUUAAUUGCAAAUAUUUAUUAGAGUCGAUAAAAUUAUUUUUAUUUUU